CCUGGGGUUUUGUGGUAUUUAUAUAACCUGAUCUGCCACGUCAUUCUUCAUGAGUCUAUAAAAAAUUGUAAUUGUACCUAGUGAGUUUGUACCUUGUCGCGCCUUUUCAUGUGCUGAUGCUAUUGCUAUAGUGCUCUUCAUCGUUUAAGAAGAAUGAGUUACAUUCACAUCCCUCAUGAUCGGCCUCUUGAACACAGGACUGCUUUCCAAAUCCUACAAACACAUGCCAAGCAGCAACCAAAUAAGGAAGCCAUUGUAUUCCGUGAUGAGAAACUCAACAGAGUUUCCCUAACAUUCCAGGAAUACGACACCAUGUCCAGAUCCCUUGCUGCUGGGUUACUUGAGAUAGGAGUUGGACGAGGAGAUAGAGUACUUAUGAUCGUAUGUGGAGUACGUUGUCUUCCAUAUGGCCUUGAAUAGGAUCGGUGCAGUCAUGAUAGCUUCCCCUAAAAAUAGUACUACGGCAAUGUGUGAUGUUCCAGAUCUCGCUUGCAUCAUUCCUAGAGUUAAUCCAUCAAAUUUCAUAGACAACGACAAAGUUGUAAAUGAAAUCAAAGAGGUUCUAAACCAAAAGAUGCUCAAGGCGGUCGUACUGGUAGACUCUGACGCUGAUGAACAGCUUCUCGGUCACUUCAAGGUUCACACUCUUGAAAGGUUGUACGGAAUAGGAAAAGAGAAUCCCGAAAGUGCAGCAAAUGUCCGUAAUGCAGAAGCCAAGGUACAAAUGGAUGAUCCAUGUUUGGUUAUAUUUACGUCUGGAUCCACCUCACGUUCAAAACCAAUCGAGUACACUCAUAGCGCCUAUGUGAAUGGGGUCUUGGCUAACAUAAAUUGCUUAAGACUAUCUAAGGACUCUAUUUUUUUCUUCGAUACUGUAUUUGACUGGGUUACAGGAAUAUCAUUUUGUAUUGGUUCUUGUAUUGUGCAAGGUCUAACUUAUGUUGCAUUCCCAGCUAAGGCCGGCUUAGAUUCGAAUCAUUUGUUUACGAUCGUAAGGAUUAUGGCCGAAGAGUCUGUCACGGAUGCUAAUUUCAGAAAGCACCAUUUACAUAACAUGGCAGCGAACAAGGACGAGAUACAGGCCAUGAAUCUUGAUAUCAAACUACAACGGGUAUCUAUUGGUGGCGAACCCACUCCACCCUUUCUAAUAAAAUCCUUUCUUGAAAUAUGGCCAAAUAUUUCCUUGCUCCAUGUUUAUGCUCUUUAUGGUUCUACGGAGGCAAAUCUUUGUCUAAGCCAAAAAAUCAACAACGAUAUUCUGGAUUGCCUGGACAACGGAGCAAUGGAUGUUGUUCCUGGAAUGGAAGUCAAAAUCGUUAAUAAAAAAGGUCAAUUGUUGCCGAUUGGUGAAGCAGGUGAAAUUUGUGUGCGAUCAGCUUGGGUUUCUUUCUGCAACUGGGACUACAUGAACCCUGACCUGGAAGGCCGAGUUGAUACAAUCAAGAAACCCAAUGGAUGGCAUUCGUCUAAAGAUGUUGGAGUUGUUGUCAAUCAAAAUUGCAUCAGAUUACUUGGUCGACUUGAUUUCAUGAUGAAAGUAGCCGGCGACUCCAUUCCACCAGCUCUUGUUGAAAGUAAGUUACAAGAACAUCCCGAUGUUAAGAAAGUGUGCGUCGUUGGGGUUCCUGACGAUCGAUUAUAA